CGGCGUUGCCACCUCCCUCAGUUGCGCCGACUCCAGCACAGGAUCCAGUGAGGAUGCGUCCGAGCCUGGCUCCCCGUACAGUGCGCACUCGCUACUGAGCGACGAGCAGCAGCUACACAAAAUGCCCCCACAAAUACUCAGCGCUGCGUCCAGCAGCAACAGCAACUCCAGCAACAGCAGCAGCUCUGCAGCAACAGCCGCUGCAGCAGCAACAAUCACAGCGAAUGCAACCAGAAGCAACAGCAACACUGCCAAAAUCACAACAGCGACAAAUGCGACUCCAUCUGCAACUGCAACAGCAAUCACCCAACGCAACGGCAACGGUAACGGCAAUACGACGCUGCCCACGCUGCAAUGGCCAUGGAACACGAGCCUCGGCAGCACCUCGACGGCGGUUCCUGCUGCGGCAGCCUCCAAGAAGCGCGCCGCAGUCAGCAGCAGCAGCCACAACAGCAGUAGUAACGAGGCCACUGGUCUGAAGAAGUCACGCGUAGAUGCCCCGAGCAACACCCACAGCAGCAGCAGCAACACUAGCACCAGCAACAGCGAGAAAAGACUGAAGGCAGCUGCCUUGGAGGAGUCGCAGACGAAGAUCACGGGAUUCUUCAAGUCACAGAUGAAGGCGACGUCGGGCAAGUUGUCAGCGACGCCCUCGCCGCCCCCAGCUACGGCGGCAACAGCAUCAGCAGCUGCCACGCCCAACACGCUGACAAUGAGCACACCAGCAACAACGGCCUCGCUCAACAAAUACUUUAACAUCCUCUCGCAGCUGAAUGAGCAGAAGCAGCAGCAACAACAGCAGCAACAGCAGCAGCAGCAACAGCAGCAGCAGCAGCAACAACAACAGCCACAACAACAGUUGCAGCCCAAGCUAACGCCAACAGUCGCUGCUGCUGCUGCGGGUACUGCUGCCGUGUUGCCGGUGCCGGCGCUCAAGAAGAUUGAGCGCAGCAGCAAGCAGCCCGCCAAGAUUGCUCAGGUGGCGCCCAAUUUGCGCAAGACGCCCAGCAGCAGCAGCCAAGCGCACAGCCACAGCCACGCCCACAAUGCACACGCCGGCAACGCCCACGCGGGCACUGGCAAAUCGCCCGCCAAGAAGCACGUGGCCAUAGCGCCGCGCACGCCCGAGAUGAAGCAGCAGCAGCAGCAACAGUUGCAGUUGCAGACAUCAAAGACACUGCUCCCAGCAGCAGGAUACCGCGCACCCCAUAGCAACAAUAGCAGCAGCAAUGGCAGCACCAACAACACAUCAACAACAGUCGCUGCCAAACCCUGCCAGAAGCUGCAACUGGCUGCUACUGCAGCUGCCACGCCCACUCCUAACCCAACGCUCUACCAGCUGCCGGUGCAGCUUCCGAACUUGGUGCAUCUGCCGCCGCAGCUUGCGGCCGCCGCCAACAUCAUGCAGCUGAACAACGUGGCCAAGGCAGCGGUUGCCGCCGCCGCCAGCAACAAUGCCGCAGCAGCAGCCGCCUCGGCGCAAGCGGCGCAGGCAGCGCAGUAUUUCCUCAACGGGACCGUCUUCAAGCUGCAGCAGGUGACGACGGCGACGACGACGACGGCGACAACGGCGACGGCAGCAGCAGCCAGCGCGAAUCCCUUCGGGCUGAACGAGCUGCAGGAGCUGUUGCUGAAGCAGCAGCAGCAGCAGCAGCAACAGUUGCAGUUGCAGCAGGCGGCGGCUGUUAAAGCGGCUGCUGCAGCGGUGGCUGCCACGCCCACAACCGUCAAUGGGGCAUCCAAUUUGCAGGAAUUGUUCCAGCAGCAAAUUGCAGCAGCUCUCGCCGCACAGCAGCAGCAGCAGCAACAGCAGCAGCAACACCAUCAACAGCAGCAGCAGCAACACUUUCAGCGCUUGGGCGCCGCAGCAGCAGCGCAGCCCGUUUUCAUGGCGACGCCAGCAGGGCUCCUGCUGAAUGCUGCCACGCUGCCCACAAUGCUGGCUCAGGCUGCAGCCGCAAUUGCAGCCAACAACCAGCAGCAACAACAGCAGCAGAAAGUAGCUGCUGCAGUCGCACUGCAACAUCAGCAGCAACAUCCUAACCAUGCGCUGCCUGCGCUGCAGCCCAUUCCCGCCUUGAGUUCCAUAUUUGAGCCUGCCAGCGAGCAGCAGCAACAGUUGCAGCUGCAGCAACAGCAGCAGCAGCUGGCCCAGCUGUUGCUCUCUCAUCAGCAGCAACAGCAGCAGCAGCAACAACAACAACAGCAACAACUUAUCACUGCCACACAGCCACCUCCAUUGACUGCUGCCAACAGCAGUAGCAGCAGCAACAGCAGCAACAACAGCAACAACAGCAACAGUAACACUGCCAGCAGCAAUGCCUCGAAUACUGUAAGCAACACUGCCCAGCAACAACAGCAACAACAACGUGCCAUCAGCAAGGGUCCGCCUCCUUUGGUUACCAUCUCGAACGCCUCCCCCGCCAAGUCGCGAUCCCUGCCCGCUGCCCUGGCGAAGCCCUAUCAGAAGCGCGCACAGCAGCAACAGCUGCCGCCACAGCAACAGCAGCAGCAGCAACAGUUGCCACUUAGCAAAGCCAAGUACACAGCCAUUGCCACGCCCACCACGCCACCGCCUCUAGUGCCAACCAGCGCUGGCGCUGUUGCUGCUGCUGCCGCUAAGGAACUGCAGCAAUUGCGUAGAUGUGCCACGCCCACAAUUACGCCCACGCCGCCACUGGUGAGCAUUGCGCCCGCCAAGCUGACGCCGACGCUCAGCAUAGCCAAGCAGCAGCCGCAACAGCAGCAGCAACAGUUGCCGCCAGCAACAGCAACCAUUGCCAAGAUCUCGAGCAGCGCUGAUCUCUUUGACCUGGUCAAGAACUCCAAUGGCGCCAUUAGUAUUCUGGGCAAGAGUGCCACGCCCACACCUGCCCCCAGCACACUAACACCGCUGCCCUUCAGUUCGCCCAGCAGCAACAGCAACAGCAACUCGCAGCAAUCGGCACGCGCCUCUCCUGCCCUCUCCGCCCACUCGUCGAGCACACUGUCGGCCUUCGGCAAGUCGCUGGUGGCCAUCAAGGCGGAGCCCAUGGAGGAGUCGGCCACGCCCCCCCUGUCGAGCACGCCCAAGCCGCAGAGCUUCGCCGGACAGCUGCAGCUGGCGAGCGGGCGGCGCGCAGAGCCCUCCAAGCACGAGCUGCUGGCCGCCGAGUGCAACUCGAACUGCAGCAGCAGCUACACCGGCAGCAACUCGGUGAGCAGCGCGGCGGAUCUCUCGCUGGAGGCCUCGACGCCGGCGUCGCUCAGCUCGGCGCCCUCGCCGGCCGCCAGCAACAGCAGCAGCAGCCAGACGCAGCAGAUGUGCUCGCCGGAGGGCAACGCCAGCCAGCAGGACAUGCUGAGCGAGCUGGUCACGUCCUCCUGCAACUCCAGUGGCACGGAGGACUGCUCGCAGGCCGCUGCGCCAGCAAUGGCUGUGCCACCAGCAGCAACAGCAUCGGGGGUCACUGCUGUCAGCAGCAGCAGCAGCAGCAGCAACUAUGACGAGGAGGACGACAAGUCGGUGGCUUCAUCGGAGACGGCCACGCACAAGCGGCUCACGCCCGAGUCCGGAAUAGGCGGCAGCCUCAGCAACAGCGAAAGCAGCAACUCCAUUGCGGAUGCCAUUUCUUCAAAGUCCGUCUGUCCGCCGACGUCGGCCAGCAGCAACAGCUGCAACGCCUCCGACAGCAACUCGCUGGCCAGCAAUGCGCCCUCCCCCGCCUCGCCCGGCAGCAACAGCAACAGCAACAGCAUUGACGACUGCUCCACGGCCUCGCCUAUGGUGGAUACCACGCUGGCGGAGAGCGCCAGCAAAGUGUUGCCCAAGUGCGCCAUUUCGCCGAUUCUGUCGCAGCCCAAGACGAUCCGCUUUCCGGCCGGCGCCGGAGCAGGCGGCAAGGGGGCGAAGCGGCAUGACGGCGUCUGCUACUGGGACAAGUGCAACAAGAAGCACGAGAGCAACUCGAAGCUCCUGGACCACAUGCAGACGCAUCAUGUCAACACGCAGACGGGUCCCUUCGCCUGCCUCUGGGUGGGCUGCAAGGUGUACAACAAGGAGUCCUGCUCCCGCCGCUGGCUGGAGCGCCACGUGCUCUCGCACGGCGGCUCAAAGCAAUUCAAGUGCAUCGUCGAGGGCUGCGGCCUGCGUUUUGGCUCACAGCUCGCCCUGCAGAAGCACGUGAACAACCACUUCAACGCCUCGGACAACGCCAAGGAGAGCACCAGCAAGCGCACCUCCGACCCGCCCGUGCCCAAGCAGCUGCGCAAGAACGGCAAGAAGCUGCGAUACCGCCGACAGCCCUUCUCAGCUCGCAUGUUUGACUUCUUCGACACGGGCAUCAUGGAGGGACUGCAGCAUCGCCUGCGCCAGAUCAGCACGCUGACGAAUGGAACCCAGGCCAUCACGUUCCAGGGCCAGUGCCUGAUGAGGCGUCGGAAUCGGCAAGGCUUCAGCGAGUGCUUCGUGCGGUGGUCCCCACGCGAAAUCAUCUCGGAUGAGUGGAUGCCCGAGUGCCCGAACGGAACGCGGCAGCACUCGAAGGUGCUGCAGAUUAAGCACAUGCGUCCGGCGGAGAAGACGCGCAUCGACAGCCUGCUGAGCACCGCCUACAGACUGCGCUACGACGCGCAGCUCUUUGCCGAUGAUUACACCGUGAGCGAGGUGCGCCAGCAGCAGCAGCAGCAACGGAUGGAGGAGGAGCAGCAGGAGGAGGCAAGCGGCAGCGACUGUGCGGACAGCGAGGAGGACGAAGGAGACGGAGAGAACGAUGAGGACGAAGAAGACGAAGAGGAAGAUGAAGAUGAUGACGACGACGAGGACGAGGAAGAGGACGAGGACGAGGACGACGGUGUAUCGGGCACAAUCAGCUCCAGCAGCGGCACCGUCUCCAGCUACCAGCACGUGCUCAGCAUAGCCAAACUGCAAAUGCAACAGCGCUGCAAGCAUCCGCGCAAGCCGCCCAAGGCAGCGCCGAAAAUAGUGCCGACUGAUGCGCUGGUGCCCAUCUAGAGAGUAUUCGCUAAGUAAUUAAACCACCCCCACCCCCCUCCACAACAACAAAUGUGCCCCCAAAGGACAAACGAGUAAACAGUGACAAGUAGAUUUUAGUUUCAUUCUUAUCUAAGGCCACCCACACAGCAACAAAACCCAAAAACUUCAUACACCCCCACACACACAUGCACACUAUA